CAUCGCCUCCAUUUCAGCGAAUUAGAACGUGCGGACGUCACGCUUCGUAUUUAAUAUGCAUUAGAACUGCGCAGAUCUCAGCUGAACGAGUUUAGUUACUCAACUGCCAUCAUGGACUUCGAUCUGAAAGCAGCUGUUGGAGAUGAUGAGGUGAAGAAGUCAGAGGGAAAACAAGUGGAAGGAAUCUUUGGGUUUGGAAAGAAGGAUAAAGACAAAAGCAAAGACAAGAGUGAUUCUAAGGGUAAGGAUAAAGAUAAACACAAAGAACACAAAGGAGAACAUAAAGACAAACACAAGGACAAGGAACAUAAAGGCGAACACAAGGACAAAGACAAGAAGAAGAAGAAAGACAAGGAGCACAAGAAGAAGGACGGACACAAGUCCUCUUCCUCUAGUGAUUCGGACUAAAUCAAGACUGAAGAUUCAUCAGAUACCUCCAGAAACAUAAUGUAAAAUUCUUUAUUAUAGGAUUUUUCUAGAUAGAUAAACACAAUAUAGUAAGAUGCAGAUGAAGAAUUGUAAUUCCAAGCUUCCACAAGGUGGCGCUACUUACAUGUUCAAUGUUGAAUUUAAUGAAACACUGGGAUAAAACAGAGUUUUGUACUAUUAUGUGUAAAUUGUUUGCUGGUUUAAUAAAUUCUAGUGUCUGAAAUUGCA